AUUUCAGAUUUUGGAAGAAGAAAUAGACGAAGACUAUGAACCUAGUAGAGAGGGUAAAUAAACACAACCAUUAUUUAGAAAUUCUUGAAUAUGCUGAAUGUUUAGGUUUAAUAACAUCAUAAUUAUGAAGGUAUGUCUCCAAGAAGUGACACCAAGUAUUUUCAUAUAGCCAAAGAAGGAUUAAAAACACCACUCCCUCCCCCUUGGAGACCAGCUUAACUUAGAAAUGGAGAUAUUGUCUAUUAUAAUCCUGUUACUAAAGUUCUUUAAUAAGAACAUCCUUUAGAUGAAUAUUUCAAGUAAAACUUAUUCAUAAUUAGAGACGCAAAUAUAUAGAAGAGAAAAAGAAAGAUGUAUAAAAUGCUCAACCAUCUAAAACAUCUAAAAAAUUGAAAGGACUUUGUGAAUAACUUAGAGAACCUACAACAUAAGAAACAACUUAGAAAACAGAAAAGAAAUUAUCAUAAGCAGCAGAUAUUAGUCAUAAUAAUUUAUCUGAUGUACCUUUAUUGAAUGAAAGUGUAUAAUUACAAGAGUAAUUCGAAUUAAUCGAUAAUUAAUUUAAAUUUGAACUUACAUAAUAUGAAAAAGAAUAAGAGUCUUUUGUAAUGUUAUAUAAAAUGAAUAGAGCAAAAUAAUUUGAAUAAGAUAAAUCUGAAAUAUCAGAUUCCUCUUUUGAAGAUUUUAAUAUAAAUGUACCUGAGAAGGCGUUAUAAAUUAGAUAGAAAUUUUUAAAUUAAAAGGAAGAAUUGAAAAUAAAAAUUUAAGAAGAAAUUGAUUAGAAACUUAUAAUUGAAUAGACAAAAAUAUAAGAAUAAUCUGCAUCUAAAUUACUUGAUUAUAGAACAGAAAAAUAAAUAAAAAAUGAAUAAAGAAUUCAAUAACUUUAAAGUGAAUGGGAAUCAAAAUUAUCAAAUGUUAAAUAAAGAAUUAAAUCAACUUAAAAAGAAUUAGAAGAUAAAAAAUUGUAAUAAUAAUAUAUGGUUUCUUAAUAAUAAUAAAAUUUAUAGACAAAAUGGUUAAAGAUUUAAGGUUAAUAUGAUAAAUAAAUUUAAAAGGAGUAUUAAUAAAUCUUGUUUAAUAUGGAUGAAAUAUUAAAAUAAAAAAAAAAUGAUAUAAUUCUUUAAUUAAAACAAUUCAAACUAUAAAAAUCUUAAGAAUUACAUAACUUAUAUAAAGAAAAUUCUGAAUUUAAUAUUAAGAAAAGAUUGAGAGAAAUAUAUAGAGAAAAAUUAGAAUUGGCUAAAGUUUCUAAUCUUCAUGAUAUGGAGAAUGAUUUAAAAUAAGAAGAAAUUUCUUAAUAUGAAUAAAUGACAGAAAAUAUUAUUAAUUAUAAGAAUAUGUUAAGAACUAAUUUUGUAAAAUUAAAAUAAUAAUAAAUUGAUAAUGAAAGAGUUUAUCUUAAUAAUUAUUAUAAGGAAUAGUUGCAAGCAUUUAAAGUUGAAAAUUUUAAAUGUACAGAACUUUAAAUUUAGAAAUUAGAAUUAAGUUAAAUUGUUAUGGCUAAUUAAAGUUUUUCUUAAUUGGAUAAUUCAUAAUUAAAAGUUUAAAUUAAUCCAGAUAUAAGAAUAUAAAAAAAAGAAUUAGAACUUUAAAUUUAGGAAUACAGAACAAAAAUUGAAAAUUUAAAAGCUAAAUUUUUGAAUAUAGAUUAAUCCAAAAGAGAUGAAGAAUUUCUAAUAAAGUAAAUAUUGAGAAAAUAAUAAGGGUCUUAAGUUAAAAUGAUAAAAUUGACUUUUUGUAAUAAUCUCUAUAAGAAUAAGACAAUAUCUUAAAUGAAUUAACAAAAAAAUAUGUGUCUUAGCCUGUAAUGACUAAUAAAGGAAGUUAAUAAACUCCUAAAUUAUAAGAGCAAGAUCAAUGGGUUAAUAAUGUAGAAUAAGAAAUAUAAUGGUUGGUAUUAUAAAAAGAAAGACUGAAAUAUGAUAAAAAGAAAUUAUAAAAAAGUUAUGAAAAAUUGAGUUUAUUAGCUUCAACUAAUGAUUAAGUUGAAACAUAUAAUAAAUGUGUUAAUGUAGUUAGGAAUAAUUAAUAAAUUUUAAAAAAUUGUGAAUAUAUCAUAACGUAUAAUUGUUAUUAUAAUAAUUUAGAUAACUUUAGUUUAAUUGUUAAUAAUAUAAAUAAACAAAAUUGAUUUAAUAUCUUAAAGAGAAUGAUAAAUUAUAAGAGGAAUUGUAAACAUAGAAAUCAUUAAUUGGAAAUAUUAGUCAAAUAUAAUUAGAUACAUCAUUUCCUAUUUAUAAAUAAGUGAGUUAAAGUUUUCAUUAAAGUGAUUUUGAUUAAAGUUAUUUAAAAUAACAAACAAACAACCAAAAAUAAUUACUUCGUGAUGUCAGAGAUAGUGUAUUAUAUUUUAAAAUUAUAAAUAGCUAAAUAAAUCAAUGCUUUCAAGAAUGUAUUGA